AUGAUUAAUAAAUUUGCACCCAUUGAAGAGAAAAACAAGUUUUCUGAAUAUCCUUUAUUGGAGGGAAAUGAUAUCAUGGAGUUCACACCGGCCAAUAUUGGACGGCCAAAAGUUUGGGCUCAGACUCGUCAAGAACUCUGCGAGUCAUUAGAUUACUUCCGAGCGUGGCAGAGUGGUGUAUAUUUUCAGAUGAAUACAGUAUAUGGAUUUUUGGUAGAUGGAUUUGGUUCGUCAAGAGAUGUUUGCAAUGGACGUGUGAUAAUUUCUCACGGUGGUGGGAAGAGUUUUAAAGGCAAGAAUGGAAAAUUUAGAUUAAUUGCGUCUCAAUUACUUGAUGACAGUUCAAUUAAAUCACUUAUAAACAAUUAUCUGUAUAAUAAGCCUGUUGUUUUAUUAAUUGGAAAUAAAAAGAAAGCAAGUUUUCAUCCAGAGUAUGAAGAUUCACAAAAUCAAGAAAUGGAAGUUGAUAAAGUUGAUGAUAACGACAACUAUGAAUAUAACAAGGCUUCUUUACUUAAUAAUAAUAAAACAUCAAAAGUUAACAAUGAUGAUAAAGGCCCUCAACAAUUUAUGCGUUGGAAAUUUCGUUUUGAAUGGAUCAGAGAACAACAGUAUCAACCGUGGUGGGAAAGUCCGAGUGAAACUAUUUCAUUAAACACUUUAGGCUCAAGUACUUUAAAGCCCUUUAAAUGCCCUGAAUGCUCGAAAUCAUCCAGUAAAAUAUUUAAGCAGGGCUGUAUUUGCUUAAAUCAUGAAUGUAUACAUUUUUGGGAGCUUUUCAGAUUUGAUAAUGUGUGGGAAUCAAUUCCCAAGGAUUUGGAAUAUGUUGAUGAGUUUUUGAGACCUGGUCUUUUUGUAUCUAUGAAUUAUUUAAAUCUGCCCUUUUCAGUAAUGCCACCACCUUUAACACCAUCAACAAGUCCAUUAUUACCAUCUUCAAAUAAAAAUUCAUAUUUUAAAGAUUUUGGUUUUUUAUUUUGGAGAGGAUUUCAUUGUAGAAGAUGUGGUCGUUUAUCAUGUCGUAAAGACUGGCGUGGUUGGAAAUGUUUGAAUUGCAAUUAUAAACAUUUUGUACCACAUCAAAUAAUUGAAGCUUCAAUGUUAUCUAAUCCACAUCGACUUAUAUUCAUUGCACCUGCAAUGGAUUGUGAAGGAUCAAUAACUAAAAGCAGCGAUAUUACUAUAGCUCGCCAAAUUUUAUCAAAAGAGCAGUUAUUGAUUAAAUAUAAUUUACCUGAAGGUGGUUAUAUAUUACAUUUAAUUAGUAAUAAACAUAUCACUAAAAAAUGCGAUGAUAUUUUUCGUCGUUAUCAAGCUGAAGAUAUGCCCUUUAGACGAAAUUGUCUUAAAAGAAAUAAGUUGGAUACUGAAAUGCUAUCUCGUCAAUUUACCUUUUGUGUUGGUGAAGAAUAUAUACAUGCAAUUGAUGCCAAUAGAUUGUCAUUUGAAGAUGCGCCAUCUGUGGUUACUGACACCUUUAAUUUUGUUCUUACACAGUGCAAAAACAUCUUACCAACAGCGAAUUUUAAUCAAACACUUUCAAUUGCAUACCUAAUUGAUCAAAUGAUGAAUUGGCAUGAUGAUGGGGAAACAAUGAUUGGCCCAAUAAUUGCAUCACUAAGUCUCGGGUCGGAUGCAGAGAUGAAAUUCAGGAGAAAAAAAACCAAGAAAUCUUUAAACAUGCCAUCAGCAUCACCAGAAUCAUCAGCAUCAUUGGAAUCGUUAUUGAAUGAUGAUUUUAAAUUUUCAGAUGUUAAAGGCAGGAAUAACAUGCCUAUUGAUUCCCUAGAGUUUUCUCCUAACACGAGAUCAAACGGACCUCCAUUAAUAUUAACCUUACAUCAUGGAGAUAUAGUUAUAAUGGUUGGUCAUGAGAUUCAAAAAUGUUAUGAACAUAUUGUAGAGCCUAAAGGCUUUAGAAUUGCACUAACAUUCAGAAAUAUUACUAGUUAUAAUAAAGAACAUGAAUGGAAAAAGAAAAUGGAUAAACUUAUUCAUGAAAUAUUACAAGCUAAGAAGGACUAUAGUGGUAUUUGUAACAAGGCUAGUACUGGCGAUGAUAGUGGUAAUAAAUUGGAUGAUAAUAAUGUUGGUGGACAUAAUCACCAAGAAAAUAUGAAAAAAUAUGAAACAAUAGAAUCUAUGUCAAAUUUAGACGAAGAAAUCAAAUAUCCUUUUACAACAAUAGUUAUCAUUUAUAACAAAUAA